UCAAACACCCCAUAGUCUCCACAUUCACUCCUCUGUGGUCAUUCGCCUCUUCCGAUCUCUCUCUUCCAUCGGCUCUCUCCAGUUUUAGUCCUUCAUCUCCUUUAGAUCGAGAUUGCGUCCAGGCUGAGUAUCCGAGCGGCUAGGUCUGAGUUCUAUCUACGUUUUCUCCGCCUCCGUCUUCCUAGCUAAAAACUCCUAUCCAGGCGAACGAAAGGAAUGGUAGGCGAUGGCAGAGUGAUAGAACACAAGGCAUACGCACGAGUUGGCCUUUUAGGAAACCCAAGUGAUGUUUACUAUGGGAACACCAUCUCCUUUAGUCUUGGUAAUUUCUGGGCUUCGGUGCACCUUGAGCCUUCGUCUGAGCUGCUCAUCUCCCCUCAUCCUACUCACGAUCUUGUUGAGUUCAAUUCCCUUCAUCAUAUGGUAAACCGGUUGCAAAAUGAGGGUUAUUAUGGUGGAGUUAGGUUGCUUAUGGCAAUAUGUAAGGUGUUUUACAAUUACUGCAAACAUAACAACAUCAGUCUGCACGAAGAAAAUUUCAAGCUCUCAUACGAUACUAACAUUCCCCGACAGACAGGUCUUUCCGGCUCUAGUGCAAUUGUAUGUGCUGCACUAAGUUGUCUCCUUGACUUUUACAAUGUUAGACAUCUGAUUAAAGUUGAGGUCAGACCAAACCUCAUCCUCAGUGCAGAAAAAGAACUUGGGAUUGUGGCUGGUUUACAGGAUAGGGUAGCACAGGUCUAUGGUGGUGUUGUUUAUAUGGAUUUUGGCAAGAGGCAUAUGGAUGAAUUAGGUCAUGGAUUGUAUACACCCAUGGAUAUUAAUCUUCUCCCUCCUCUGCAUCUAAUCUAUGCUGAGAAUCCCAGUGAUUCUGGAAAGGUCCACAGUUCAGUUCGCCAAAGGUGGUUAGAUGGGGAUAAGUUCAUAAUAUCUUCAAUGGAAGAUGUUGCAAAAAUAGCUGUGGAAGGGAGAAAAGCAUUGCUUGAGAAGGACUAUACUAAGAUUGCAGAGCUUAUGAACAAAAAUUUUGACCUUCGAAGGCAAAUGUUUGGGGACGAGUGUCUGGGUGCGUUGAACAUCGAGAUGGUAGAAGUGGUUCGAAGAGUGGGUGGGGCCUCAAAGUUUACAGGGAGUGGGGGUGCUGUGGUUGCGUUCUGUCCAGGCGGGCCGUCCCAAGUGCAGCAGGUUCAGGAAGAAUGCAAGAAAUGUGGGUUUAUAAUGGAGCCCAUACAAGUCAUGCCUUCAUUCCUUAAUGACACUGAUCUCCUAACUCUGCAAUCUAAAUAAGGCCUCCCAUUUUUCUUCUUCUUAAGCUCCUUGAAUAAAUAAAUGUCUUGCACAUCAAAACAAGAUUAUGAACUUUUGAAAGACAGAUUCUGUUUAUUCUUCCUUUAUGUGUACAUGUUGUUUGUAUGGUUUAAUAUUUCAAAUACAUGAAUAAAAGUCCACAUUGGACAGGUUCUUCUAUUGUGAGCCUUGAUGAAAUGCUCGCAAGAUUGACUCACCUGAACACGAACAUAAUCUGUUAAACACAGUACUACGUGAAAAGCUCGAAAAAUCUAUACUUGUAAGUACAUUAUAUUGUAUAUAUAAAGAAGAAAGAAACAGAAUUGGAAGCCCAGCUCGAGGCAAUCGAAAGCAUGAGUAGACAACUCGGAGAAGAAAGAGAGGAAAUACCAAAGCAGCUGACGACAGUUUGUUCUCUUGUUAAGGACAAGGCUAGCAAAAUUGAAGUUAAAAAAGUGGAGGCAAAUUGUUUACACCAACAAUUUGAGCAGAGGUUGAAGUCAAAGUGUGCUGCUAUGAGACAUCUCUUUGCCUGAGAAAGAAAAAAUAGGAUGGUCU